CGCCCCGCCGGGUCCCGGCCGGCUUCCCCGGCGAUCGGGGCGCCGGGCAGCGGCUCCGGGUGGGUGCGGGCCCUGGAGGCAGAAGGAAGGGAAGUUAGGGGCGGAGGGUGGAGUAAAGUUUCCGUUCCCUCUGCCCCUCCCGCCCAGGUUUGGCAGGUAGGACCGGGCGGAAGCGGUGGAGACUGCUACUAAUGCCCGGGCCCAGGUGAUGGGGGGUGGGGAAGAGCUGGCGUCCUGGAUCGCGACCUUCUUAAGAGGUGGGGCGAGGAGGGAAAGGCUGUAAAGACUGCCCCUAAGAUGACUCCCGGUGCUCGCUCCCUUCCCCGCCCCCCUCCCCUUCCCCGAUCUUUUCCCGCAGAACCGAACGUCUCUUCCGGGAGAGGUUCCCCGCGUACACAGCCUCUUCGCCUCCUCUUUCAACAGGUGGCUUUCGCCCUGGCCCGGGGCCCCGGGCCAAUGCCCGCCGUGGCGGUCUCGCCUGCUCCGCUGCCGGCGCUGUGAGCGCGCGCGUCCGUCCGCGGCGCGAUGGGGAACCAGGUGGAGAAACUGACCCACCUAAGUUACAAGGAAGUGCCCACCGCCGACCCGACGGGCGUGGACCGGGACGACGGGCCCCGCAUCGGGGUCUCCUACAUCUUCUCCAACGACGACGAGGACGCGGAGCCGCAGCCGCCGCCGCCCCCGGGUCUCGAGGGCAGCGGCGGCGGGUUGCCCGAUUCUGGGGACGGAUCGGCGCCAUCGCCGCCCCCGCCACAGCCCUACGACCCGCGGCAACACGAGGUCGAGUGUUCGGUCUUCUAUCGGGACGAGUGCAUCUACCAGAAGAGCUUUGCGCCCGGCUCGGCGGCGCUGAGCACCUACACGCCCGAGAACCUGCUCAACAAGUGCCAUCCGGGCGAUCUGGUGGAGUUCGUGUCUCAGGCGCAGUACCCGCACUGGGCCGUGUACGUGGGCAAUUUCCAGGUGGUGCACCUGCAUCGGCUGGAGGUGAGCAACAGCUUCCUGACCGACGCGAGCCAGGGCCGUCGCGGCCGCGUGGUGAACGACCUGUACCGGUACAAACCGCUCAGCCCCAGCGCGGUGGUGCGCAACGCGCUGGCGCACGUGGGCGCCAAGGAGCGCGAGCUCAGCUGGCGCAACUCGGAGAGCUUCGCCGCCUGGUGCCGCUAUGGCAAGCGCGAGUUCAAGAUCGGCGGCGAGCUGCGCAUCGGCAAGCAGCCCUACCGCUUGCAGAUCCAGCUCUCGGCGCAGCGCAGCCACACGCUCGAGUUCCAGAGCCUGGAGGAUUUGAUCAUGGAGAAGAGGCGCAACGACCAGAUCGGACGCGCGGCCGUGCUUCAGGAACUCGCCAUGCACCUGCACCCGGCUGAGCCGUUGGAGGGCGACAGCGACGCUGCCCGGACUACGCAGCUGCCUCCCCGGCGCCCCCCUGCGCUGGGCUCCGAGGAAGAGGACCGAGAGACCGUAGCGCACUGACCGACUGGCCAAGCGGAAGGGAGCCCUGCCCGCCCCGCUCCACCCCACCCCCUCCUUCCUCCUCCUCGCCUCUCUCCUCCAUCGCUUUCAGGGGCCCCAUCCAGGAUUCUCGGGUCCUUUGGAAAAUGGAGAGAGAGCAGAGCGAGCGUGCGAGCUGGUGAAAUGCGCCGCUGGCUGUGGAUGGGGGGAGGAGGAAGGGGACAGAGGGAACAGGUAGGAGCACUUUUGAGAGGAGUCUUUUCUUCCCAGCCUCCUGGAGUCGGUCUUCCCAAGGCGAGGCCUGCGGUGGGACAGAACUGGUCACUUGGCAUUGAAAACCCUGCUGGAUUAAAGGGGAGGGCCUGAAAUCGACCCUUCCCAGUGCAAGUAACUGUAGGAGAAAAAGUUCAGAGCACCCUCCCCUACACCCCCCCACCCCAUCUGCCAUUCUUCCUCCUGGCUUCUCUCCCUCCUCUGAGCUCUGGUGGUGCCAGGUACUAAGGGCAGAGGGUGCGCGGGGAGGAGCCCCGCCGGCCUGCCCCCCCACACCGGGGUGGAGGGGAGGGGGGAGCGGCUUAUCUUAUCUGCUGCUUCCCCUGCUGAGCCAGGCUGGAGAUGAGAGUCGCUGGGGUGAUUUAUCUUGUGGGAUUCCUAGGGCGCAGAGCUGGAGCAAACCCCCUGGUCUGGGAAGCACUGAACCAAAACCAGGCAGGCCCCCUACUAAGUGUAACAAAUCGUUGAGGAAACUGGAGCUACAAACAAAGGCUUUACUACCUCCCUCUUCCCAGCCCCCAAAUCAUUCCUUUUCCGGAGCAGGCUCUUUGCUGAGGCUCCUGCUUCCCCCUC